AAUAUAUUCCGUUUCUGGGUAGUUUUCCGAGAAAAACACACUUGAUCAUUUCUUUAAAAUAUUGAAUGUGAACCACACCGAAAUUAAGAGAUGGUGGGAGACAAAAUCAGUAAUUUCUGUAUAAACUCGUCUCCAGACUACCUUAGCUUGCUAGCUGCUAACAGACACCCGGAAGACCAGCGACUAACUGCGCCUGUUGAAGAAGUAUUUGUAGUGUGAGAAAGAACGAGAGCAGAGCACGAGGAGGAACUUUAUCGAACAAAAGAGGAGAACGAGCGACAUUAACAACUGGACGCUUUAAUCAGAAGCAUCAAGUUAUGUUACCUCGAAUAGACUCCAGGAUCUUGAUUUCCACAGUGAUGUGAUGGUUUGGGGUGCCAUGUCAUCUGCUGGUGAUCAUCCACUGUGUUUUCUGAAGUCCAAGACGACGGUGAACAAAAUCUAACCUCUGAGCAGCAGGAGUGGAUCUCCAGGAUGGAGAAGGAGCAACCACAACCCCCCCACAUUAAAAAGGAAGCGGAGGAACCGCAGCCCCUCCACAUUAAAAAGGAAGAGGAGGAACCACAGCCCCCGCACAUUAAAGAGGAAGAGGAGGAACCACACCGCCCCCGCAUUAAAGAGGAAGAAAAGGAGCCACAGCCCCCUCACAAUAAAGAGGAAGAACCACACCACCCCCAUUUUAAAGAGGAAGAGCAGCAGCCACAGCCGCCUCACAUUAAAGAGGAAGAGGAGGAUCACAGCAUCAGUCAGGAGAAGCUUGAAAUAAUGGAGGAGUUACCAGUUGUUGUCCCUGUGAGGAGUGAGGAUGAUGAGGACAAAGGUCAGAAACAUUUUCCUUGCUCGGUGUGUGGCAAAACACUCUCUCGAAAAUGUUCUUUAAAAAGACACACAGAGACACACACACCUUUUGCCUGCUCAGUUUGUGGUAAAGGAUUCAUUGAUAAGUCACAUUUGAAAGAACACACAAGAAUACACACUGAAGAGAAACCGUAUCCUUGCACAGUGUGUGGUAAAAGAUUCUCUCAUGAAUGUAGUUUAAAAAAACACACCAGAGUACACGCUGGAGAGAAGCCUUUUUCUUGCACGAUGUGUGGUAAAGGAUUCUAUGACAAAUGUAGUUUAAAGAUACACACAAGAGUACACACCGGAGAGAAACCUUUUUCCUGCUCAGUUUGUGCUAGAGCAUUCAGUAACAAGUCAAAUUUGAGAGUACACAUAGAAGUACACACUGGACAGAAACCUUUUUCUUGCUCAGUUUGUGCUAAAGGAUUCAGUAACAGGUCAAAUUUGAGAGCACACACAAAAAUACACACUGGAGAGAAACCUUUUACUUGCUCACUGUGUGGUAAAGGAUUCUCUCGAAAAGGUAGUUUAAAAAUACACACAAGUGUACACACCGGAGAGAAACCUUUCCUUUGCACGGCGUGUGGUAAAGGAUUCUUUGACAAAUGUGCUUUAAAAAGACAUGCAGUAGUACACGCUGCGAAAAAACCUUUCCCUUGUACGGUGUGUGGUAAAAGAUUCUAUCACAAAGGCAGUUUAAAAACCCAUGCAAGUGUACACACUGGAGAGAAACCCUUUUCCUGCACAGUUUGUGGUAAAGGUUUCCUCAGGAAGGUAUCUUUGAUCAGACACACAAGAACACACACUAGUAAAGAAAUAAAAGUAAAGCAAGACAGUAUUGGUCGUAAAGUUGUAUAAAAUAACAACUUCUGACAUUCCUAACUGACAUGAUGAUGAUGAUGAAAUGGUAGCAAUGUCGUUUUCUUAUGUCCCUUGCGUUUUUUUCCUCACGCUGAAGAAUCCUUGAAGAUUGACUCUGCUGUUUCUUGCUAACAUGUAAUUGGCCGUCCCUAAUAUCCUGGGAUAUUCCUGGCUGAAUUUGACUCUCCCCCCAUUUUGGUGUUGGGUGGUGGUUCAACCAUUUGAAAUGAUUUCAUUUCAUUUUAAUAUAUACCAAUUUGUGUUAAUCCAUCCAUUUCUAUGCCUCUGACCAUAACAGCGGUCAUUCUUGCCAUUAUAUGUUGUCCUGUUAAUGUUGAAAUUGUAAGAAAUAAUGUUCCAAUCAUCAGUAUUGGGACCAUAUAUGUUUGUCAAAUGUAUAUGUUCUGAUAUCAUGGAAUGUUCCAUGUCUUCCAAGCUUGUCUUUAAGUCAGUUUCUUGGAGAAAAAAUAGCUCUGAGCAUGUCUUUUAUUUUGUUUAUUUCUUGUUCGUAUACCUCUGCCGUUGUAUGAAAUUCAAUAAAACUUGUCGAUAUAUGGUCAAA